CACCAUGGCUCCAAGUUCUGCGCCCUGGACUGAUUCGAGAAAGCUGGACUUACUUCGAACCCAUAUCCUGGUCACAGGUCGGCAGAAAUUUGACAAGAAUGCUAUUCACCAACACUGGAUCGGUGAUGAUCCAGCCCCGACACCUCGUGCCAUCGCCGAUACGUUCAACGCCAUGAUGAGGGCCAUCAGCGAUCAAGCUACGCUUAAAUCCUUCAAGAAAGAGAGCAAGCAAGAGGGUUUCAAUGCCUCGAUCAAAUCGGAAGCUCUAGCGACUGUCGUCACCAAUCACACCCCAGUAAAGCGAGCACCUAUUAAGCCAACCACCCCAAAGAGUCUCUCUUCACGGAAAAGAAGGAGAACAAGAGAUAUGUUAUCCGAUGAAGAUAAUGUGAUGGACGAUCUUGACCCCUCUGAUGAAUCUGAGAACGAUGUACCCCAAACCCCGGCUCCAAAGCGUAUAUUCCGGCAACAGCGAAAGGCUGCGUCUAAGACAACUUUACCCCCUGAGACGUCAGAUACCGAGGAAGACAAACUCAGACGACCCUUCUGCGGCGAUGGAGAUGAUGAAUCUGACACAGAGUAUGCCCCUCCUACUCCAUGA